GGUACUCAUACAGGAAGCGGUACUGCAGUGGCUGCUAUGCUGAAGCACGUUUUCUUAACGGGUUCUCCAGGAGUGGGAAAGACCACCCUAGUGCAGAAGGUGUGCGAGUCUAUGGUCUCUGGUGGGGUGAGCGUCCAAGGCUUCUACACAGAGGAGCUGAGAGAGAGGGGGAAGAGAGUGGGCUUCGAUGUGGUGACCCUUACCGGAGAGAGAGGAGCCCUGUCCAGAGUCGGAAAUAAAGCCCUGGCUGGACGGUGCGAAUACAGAGUCGGCCAGUACGUUGUCGAUCUUUCCUCGUUUGAGAAUCUUGUUCUGCCGCUUUUUCAAAAUAUAGGUGUUGGGGGGAGUGUCUUUGUUAUAGAUGAGAUUGGGAAGAUGGAGCUGUUCAGCCAGGAGUUUAUCCGUGCAGUGCGACAGACUCUGGACAGCUCAACCUGCUCCAUCCUAGGAACCAUUCCGGUUCCUAAAGGCAAACCCCUUGGCCUAGUGGAGGAGAUACGGGCACGGAAAGAUGUCAAGGUCUUUAUGGUUACGAAGGAAAACAGAGACGCUGUCACUGACCAAAUUGUGUCUGCGCUGAAGGAAUGUCUGAAGUAAACAACUGGCACGAGGACAGACGGAAAACACAGGGAACUUUCGGGGUAAAUGUGCUACAAACCACACUAAAAGACAAGAAGCUAAAGCGAUCAGUUUCAGUUCUUUGGAGCUGCUUUUGUUUUGUGUUUUUUCCUUUUUUGAAGAAUGUAACCAGUAAUUCAGUAAGUUCAUCUCGGAGAGCAUCCGUUCUGCUUCUGAAAGCUUUGGAGCAGCCUGGACCACCAGCUGUUUGGUUCUGAGCAAUGUAGUAAAGUAUGUCACGUUUCAGAGUUGUGAAAUUUUCGUUCUUGAAUGGCCUUUCAGAAUGACCGGCCUUCUACAUUAUUGAUUAGUGUCAGCAGAGGAGGCAGGGCAGAGAUGAACAGACAUGAUGGCCUCAUUUUCUUUCAGCGCAUUUAUGAUUUCCAGCAUCUUCAGCAGCAGAUUGAUGGAAGUGAAUGCCUUCCCACCUGCAGGGGGGAGUUUUGUGUUUAUUUGCAAUGUAUCACAAAAUAAACCGAUAUUUGCACA